CGCACAUAUCACCAGUUUCCUUCUCCUUAAUUUAGAUACGUAUUAUUUUCCUCUCAGGGAAACCUUAUUGGCAACGCCCUGAUCGGAACUAUCGAAUUCAAUGUCUUCAUCUGAAACCGCUGCACGUACUUCCUCCGACAAUGUGCCUCCCCGAGCGGAGUUGGAUGUCACCAAGCUCCAUGCCCUCCCCUCCGAACAGCAGGACCUUUACCUCCUCACAUUCACAUCGGACCUAGUACAGUAUAUUUCAGGACUAGAAAAGCCGCAGGUUUCGGCACAGCAGAAAUUCCUGAAAAAGGAGUUGUUCAAAAUCCUCACUCUUUCCUCUCCGACGAUCACGCGAGUUGUGCGCAAUAACCUGGGACGAUGUUUUGGAGCUAUAUUCAGCAAAGGCGAUCGCGGGGUCCUGUUCGAAACAGUCACUGAUUUGCUUGGGCUUCUGAAUGCAGGGAAGCAUGAAGAGCUUAGAACCAAAUUCGCUGCAGCUCACUGUUUGGGUGAGGUAUUCGUGGUCGCCGGUGAAAGUGUCUUUGCGCAAGCGGGCAUUGUCAUUUCCAGCCUACUCAAACUGUUGAAGAACUCCAACAAUAAUACUGGCCUGCGCGGAUCUAUUUUUGCAGUAUUGCGGAAGGUGGUUGUUGGCGUGGGGAUUCCAGUGGAUGAAGCGGCGGCGCGAGAUAUUUGGAAGCAGGCUCGCAAUGCAGCUACCGGAGAUAAAUCGACAUUCGUCCAGGUUCAUGCUUGCCGAUGCUUAGAGCAGCUAGUGAACACCACGCCGUUCUUCGAUAAUGCAAAUGAUUUCGACCAUGUCAAGACAGUCACCUGGAAAGUUAUUGACAGCCCAGCGGCUCCAGUCAGACAUGCUGCUGCGGCUUGCCUGGCGCGAGCGCUAGCGAAACUGCAUGCCACAGAAGCCAAGGUUGCUCCGAUGCCAAAGUCCAAGAAAGCAAAGAGACAAUCGAAAAAGCCAGCACCGCGACCUGGGGAGGACGAGGAAGAGGCGGAGGUCUCUGAAUCGUCCGUAUCCAAGAAACCCGAGUCGCGUCUGUUCUUCCUUCUACCCGACCUUCUUCGCCAACUAUCCACCCAAUAUUUGCGCAGCACAACAUCCAAUCGUUCACGCGCAGGUAUUGCAAUCUGUUAUAAACAUGUCCUGCGUAUUUUGGGCAACAAAUUUGUUGAAGAACGCUAUGGUGAAAUUGCAAACCACCUUCUGUUUGACCUCCUGAAUCACCCAACUGUUACAUAUAAUCGAUUCAGACUUCUCAUGACGAGAAAGUUUGUCAAAAGUAUCUUAGAGGACACUGUUGGUCGUGAGUCGCUUAGUGAAAACAGCCAGCUCAACGCUGCGAAGUGGUUGAUCAACGAAAUUCUUAAGGAUUACCCUCAAGUCAUCCAGGAACGUCGUGAACCUAGCAAGUACACGUUAACUAGCGCUCUUAGUGCACUGUCCUCUUUAAUUUCAUCCCUUGGCUCUGCCUUCGUGUCCCUAGCUGAGCCCUGCCGUGAAGCUCUUCUUCAGGUUCUUCCUCACCCCAGCUAUACUGUGCAGGUCCAUGUUGCACAUUGUCUGCGCAGCUUUGUACUUGCCUGCCCUCAUCAGUUGUUGUCGUGCGUUACGAUUUGUCUAAAUAGCUUGAACAGGGAGGUCGGGCAACUUUCUACACCCCGCCAAGCGCCACGACGCUGUGUCGGUUAUGCAAAUGGGCUGUCUGCCAUGUUGAGUACCUCUAGACUGCAGCCGCUCUACGGCUCCGUUGAUGUUUAUUCUCGGGUAUUCACUCAAGCAACAGAUCUCCUGAAGACGAGCAGCAACUCCGAACUGCGUGCCGCGAGUACACAAAUUCAGGUUGCUUGGAUUUUGAUCGGAGGCCUAAUGCCUCUGGGGCCUAGCUUCGUGAAAAUACAUCUGUCACAGUUGAUGCUCUUGUGGAAAAAUGCGCUUCCCAAGCACCUUGGCAAAGAAAACUUUGCUCAGCGUGGGAACUUGGAGAUGAGCUUCCUUGCCCAUGUUAGGGAAUUUGCACUGGGGUCGUUGUUAGCGUUCCUAGAGUUUAAUAGCAAAUUGAUCACGGCAGACGGCGCGAGGAGAAUCGCUACUAUGCUACAGAACACUGUUGGCUUUCUUGAUGACCUGCCCCGUCAGAAGUCUGUGACGGAUAUCUCUCAGCGUCUUCAUCCUUCCCUGCAAUUGCAUGAUAUUGCGACCAUGGUUCGGCGGCGUGUAUUGCAGUGCUUCUCCAAGCUGAUCCAUGUUCACCCUCUCAGCCAUGGAGAUAUAAUCUCUCAGACCAGUCUUUUAAGUCUAGCUAUUUCGUCCUUUGCGGAGCCAGAGCUCGCCCAGUCCGGUCCUCUUGAAAGCUCAAUUGCUGCUUCUACAGCGCAGUUCGAAAGUUUGUGGGAUCUAAAUGACAAUUUUGCGUUUGGUUUAACUGGAUUGGCGAGGGAGUACGUUCGUAUGACGCUCUCCGGAAAACAUGAGAAUGAUAAUGGACCGGCUUGGUCAGCAGUGGAAUCGGCAGACCAGGCUAUUGAUGACGCUUUAACUUUCCCUAUUUGUCAAGGGAGUGAGCAUGACUCUGCCCUUCUAUACGCAUCAAGACAUGGCGGCUGUCUGCUAGCCGAUCCGCAUUCUACUGGCGUUGUCAAUGCUGCUAUUGAGCUUUUCUCCGUUGCUAUUCCAUUGCAUGCUCCCAAAGUACAAGAAAGUAGCGUAGAGCAGAUUGCAACCUUCCUUUCCUCUUCGAGCUUGCAGCGCAACCCCGGUCGCAAAGCUGCCAUGGUAGUUAACAUCGCUGUGGCAUUGCUCGAGGCCUUGAAGGUUGCCCUCAAAGAUUCUAAUUCGACGAGUGGAAAGCUCAACCCUACGACUGACAAGAUAUUGCAAGAGCUGUUGCAGAAAUUUGUAACCGAUGCUGAUCCAGUUGUUCGAACCAUUGGGGUGGAAGCUCUCGGAAGACUGUGUGAGAGUUCUGGGAAUACCUUCACUACCUCGCAGAUCAAUUGGCUUGUCGACACAAUCGUAGACAACAGAGAGCCAAAUGCUCGUGCUGGCUGUGCUGCUGCCUUGGGUUGCAUUCAUUCUCAGGUAGGUGGCAUGGCAGCUGGUCUGCACCUCAAAACUAUCGUCGGUGUCCUCAUGUCCUUGUGCAAUGACCCUCACCCCGUGGUUCAUUUCUGGGCGCUUGGAGGGCUGGAAAGAGUGGCUAACUCUGCGGGCUUGACAUUUUCGCCAUUUGUCUCAAGCUCGCUCGGUAUGCUUGCUCAAGUGUAUUACGCAGAUACCCACAACGAGGAGUCUGCUACUCUUGCAACCUCUAAUAUCGAAAUGUCUUACCUUACGCCAAUAGUCAUAAGCCGUUGCGUGGAUUCUUUGAUCAACGUUUUGGGUCCCGAUCUCCAAGACAUUGCCAAAACGCGCAACCUUAUACUCACUCUUCUUCGGCAGUUUCAGUUGGAGGAUAACCCGGCUUUGGUUUCUGAAAGCUCUAAAUGCCUGGAUCAUUUGUCACUUUAUGCUCCCAAUUACGUGGAUUUCUCAGGAUAUGUAAAACGUCUGCAGACCGAGCUCGCUGCGGAUAACCUAUUAAUGAGGGAUGUGGCCAUCAGAGGACUAAGUAACCUCAUGAAGCGAGACUCGGUAUCGGUUCUGGAAGCUGCACCGGCCCUAGAGGAAGGCAUCUGGCUUGCCUUCGACGAUACGCCAGAUAAUGCGAACCUCAGGAGCAUGAUUCAAGACUGGUUGCAGCAGACUGCUCUAGAGGAGACUGAGCUGUGGGUACAGCGCUUCCAUAACACAUUGACAAAGACUCGUGGUAAAGUGGAAGAGCCACCUCCCACCCCAGCUGUCAAAUCUGCUGUCAAUGAUAUACCGGACGAUGAAGUUGCCGGCUUUGCAUCUGCCAUCGCCGGGGCUGGGCAGUCAGACGUUGUAAAUGAGGCUGUUCCUGGGCAAGAACUACUGAAAUGGCAAACCCGCAACUUCGUCCUCAGUUGCCUUAGCGAACUUUUGGCAACGGUAGAGCAAGAGAUCUUGCCUGAUCAGACAAUUCCUGCUGAGCUGGCCCUGCAACAGAGAGUGGGAGAUAUUGUGAGGAUGGCAUUCUCGGCAUCUACUGCCAACGUGAUAGAACUGCGAGUAUGGGGUCUCAAAAUCCUCGAUCAAGUUCUUAGGAUGUUUGGCAAGACUCCAGAUCCAGACUUCGCAGAAGCGUCUCUCCUGGAGCAAUACCAAGCUCAGAUCGGUUCUGCACUUACACCAGCAUUUGCAGCGGACUCUUCUCCCGAGUUGGCAUCAGGGGCCAUCAAUGUCUCGGCUACCUUCAUUGCAACAGGAAUUGUAACAAACGUAGACAGGAUGGGCAGGAUAUUAAAAUUACUAGUGCUGGGUCUUGAGAACUUCUCAAGAAAUCCGGACACUACUGAGAUUGGAGACUUGAAGGGUCUCAACUCAAACGCCAGGGUUAUGGUAAAGAUGGCGCUGUAUUCUGCUUGGGCUCGGCUUCAAGUAGCAAGUAUCGAGCAAGAUUAUCUGAAUGAGGUAGUCCAAUCUCAUCUCGCCAAACUUACGCCGCUGUGGCUUUCUUCCCUUCAGGAAUAUGCUCGCCUACGGUUCGAACCAGACAUUUCUGGUAGUUUAGGAACGGGGCCGCUGAGCAAUGAUUUGGACGAGGUAUAUGCUGCUUUGAAUCGAGAGACUCUUCUCAAGUUCUAUCAAGACACUUGGCUGAGCCUCGUCGAUGCCAUCGCGGGCUUAGUGGAAAAGGAUAUUGAUUUCGUCUUCGACGCAUUGGACGGAAAAAUGAAACCAGAUGAGGAACCUGUUGAGAAGUCUCCGGACGAUGAAGAUGUAACGAACGGAGAGACAAAGAAAAAAGGAAACGACAUUAAUUACCGCGAUGAACCAGUUGCGUUCUUCUUCGUUCUAUUCGGUUUGGCAUUCGAAGCCCUUGUUGACCAGUCUACUACGGCGUCGCAGAGACUAGAGAUUCUGCAGGCUCUCAAGCGGAUUCUCCGGCCAAUAAUAUCCGGAAAUGCCAUCUACCAGGAUGCUAUCUUUUCGGAGACAAUGGAUUCCCUUGACCGUCUCGCGUUGACUGAAGGGACGCCCAUCCAGAAUGUCAUCGUUGAAAUAGCGCGAAACUUGUCUCUGGAUCAUCCCUCUGCAAAGGGCAGCGAGGGACGAAGCGAUCAUUUGUCCGAUGAUAUUGAGCAGCUCUUCGAGCUGACCAGAAGUAUCAUUCUUGUUCUUGCCGGGCUACUACCGAACCUUCGUGAGUCGGUUCCUCUUGCGCGGUUCAACGUGGGAUCAGAUGAUGCUCUAUCACUCAUCCGUCUCGCCUUGUCAUCUCUUGUGAACGUUGCGUCCAUUUUCCCGUCCAUCAUUCGCAAUGACCUGAACGCAUGCAUCUUACACAUAUUCACCACCAUUCUUGCCACUGGGCUAUGCCAAUCAGAGGUCGUUCCUCAGGCACUUCCAAUUUUCAAACAUUUUGUUCAAAGUAUAAGCCAUCCGAAGGACGUUGGACCAGAAAAGUCUGACGACCUUCACGUGGUCGCGCGCCAGUUGCGCGGCUGCCUCACCCGUUUCCUCACCACUCUCACAAUCGCCCAGCGUCGCGAGUCCGAGUCUUCUUUGCCUUGCGCCAAGAACACGCUUUUGGCGAUUACCAUCUUAUUAACCACAGGAGGCCAUGUCCUCCCGCCUAAUGACCCCACUAUUGUCCGCAUCCUCAACGAGUUCCUGGACUGCCUUCAGGAUGUCGGUCUCGCAAACGUUGCGGCAGGCUGCCUCCGAUCAAUCCUUCUGUCUUCAACAGGAUCUCCCACAGAAGAAGUAAUUGCGAAAUACUUGUUCCCUCGCCUGAUCAGCUUCUUAGUAGGCUGCCCCAUGGACAAUGGCGACGUCCCCAACGACCCAGAGAAUUCAAGAACCGUCAUCGCCCGCACACUAGUCUCCUACGUUAGCAACGCCAGCGAUAUACCCACUGCCCUGUCCAUCAUCAUGUCGGCCCUCCUUGCACGUGGAAAAAGAGAAGGGCAAGCAGUUUACAAAGAGACGGCUGUUCAUCUACUGGAACUCGCCAAGACAGACCAGUCGGUGUUCCGGGCUCUUGUGGCUACGAUGACUCCAGAACAGAAAGCUCAUCUCGAGGACAUCCUUCGAAGUGUGAAUGUUGACUCUGGUGCCAAUAAGAGUACCAGAGACAGUGUGCAAGCCCAGCAAAAUGAGCCUACUAUUGCUUUGAGAUUUGAUUUUUAGAGCUCUAGAGACUCCGCGCUAUGUGUUUCUUUGGGCAUUCUUUGCCUUCAGACCCCCAAACUAUCUUCAUGUUUCUAAUAUAAUGAAUCCCUAUCUUGAUGUGUUUAUGUUAAGACAAUAAUACUAUAA